GGGCAGGCGGGGAUCAACUGGUCAACUGCUCUACAACUUCACGUCUUCUUCACCUUCGGAAGACGGGCAGGCGAGCAGCGAAGGUGCGACGGAAAUCAGUGGGGAUGAGGCGCAAUAGCCCGCCGACGGCGAGCGGCAACCGCCUCGCGGUCAUCGCUUCCCACUUAUCCCUCCCUCCGCUCGGCAGUCCGGCAGCCAUAUCCGGGGAGAAGGAAGCCGCCCUCGCCACCGACCUCAACAGCACCCCCACCAUUUUUGACAAAAUUAUUCGGAAGGAGAUCCCAUCUGAGGUGGUUUAUGAGGAUGAGAAGGUUCUUGCAUGUAGAGACAUAUCACCACAAGCUCCUACACAUAUUAUAAUCAUUGCGAAGGUUAAGUAUGGGCUGUCUAGGUUGUCGAAGGCAGAGGAAGGGCAUGUCGAGCUUCUGGGCAAUCUUCUGUAUGCUGCAAAGGUUGUAGCAGAGCAGGAAGGGCUUGCUGAUGGCUUCAGAAUUGUCAUGGACGAUGGGCCCAGAGGAUCUCAAUCGGUCUACCACCGGCACCUACACGUUCAUCUUCUCGGGGGACGGCAGAUGAAUUGGCCACCGGGGUGAGUUGGUGUUGUAAAGGUCUGUUUGGUUCACUGCCUAACUUGCCACACUUUACCUAACUUUUCUGCCUAAGGUUAGUUCUUCAAUUCGAACGCCUAACCUUAGACAAAGUGUGGCGCAGUUAGCCACGAACCAAACAGACCCUAAGACUCAAGCAAUGACUUCGUAAGGCAUGUGUUGUUCACUCGUUAGAAUUUCAUAAUAUGCUGUCAUUUGCAGUUUGCUAUUAGGGUUGCACAAAUAGUCAUCGGUAGACGCUGUCCCAAUGAUUUUGUGUACGGAGCUCAAAUAGUAUAAAAAGUUUUCAUUUCGUAACAUUAUCUGUUUCUCAGUUAA